UAUUUUUUUUAGAUAUCUUGAAAUAAAUGCUAUAUUUCUAAAGAAGGCUUUAAAACGUAAUUACUGACAAACUUUAUGUUACGUAAACACAUGAGAAUUUGCUGUUUUUACUACUUUUUUACGAUGAAAAUCGAAAAGCGUUUGUUACGCUUUUACUCCAGGUGAACUGUCUCGAUUAUAAAUAUCUAUAUUUCGAAGCCAUUAUUCACUACCUCAGCUGUAGCGCUAUUGGUUACGACGACGGGAAAACGUCUUUAUUGCCGCGGCGGUCCGGGGUUCGAUUCCUGACGCGGUCAUCUUUUUUUCUUGAUUUGGAAUUUUUAAAUUAUUUUAGAAACAAAAAUUCAUAUUCUAAUGUUCAUAAUAUGACUAAAACUUCAAUUUGAAAGAAAUUUUUUUUUAUAGCCAAAUCUGCAGACAUGCUGCUUUAAUAAUAUAAAUCCGUGUAUAUCAAAUAAUACAUUAUGUGCACGCCAAUGACGUUUCAUCCAAUUCAUAACUAAAACUUUACUCAUUUUUAUCGUAUAUUAUCAUUGUUUAUUAUUGUAUUACCGUUCCGUAAUGCUUCUAUAUUGUUAUCCACUAUGGCUUUUUUUCCAUCGCACGAAUCGAUCGCAGUACUACAGCUAUAUAUCUGUAAUCGAUACUUUAUGACCUUGAGUUAAUUAUUUCGCUCUCGUCUUCAAAAAAAUCAGUUGCUUUAUUUUUUAUUUACUUUAAACUUAUGAAAAGGCCGGUGUCCUAGUUCAGGUUUAUCUAAUGUUCGACACAUUUAAAUACUAGUGGGAAAGUUAUACAUGUAUAUACAAUUACUAUAUGCAUCAAGGACGUUUAAUUAAUUUAUUCGUGAUAGCGGAUUAGUUCAAGUUCUACAAUGCCUCUGUGUUAUAUAUUUACGAAUCUUAAAGAUUCUGAGAUAUCAGAAGAUCUGGAGGAAAGACUAGAAGAAUGUAUUGCUAAAAUAUUGAAUAAACCUAAAGAGGGACGUAAUUUCCACCGAAAACAACACAAUAUCACCAUAGAAUUAACAGAUUUACCAGCACACAUGGCAUUAAAUGGAGCUGCUCUCAAAUAAUGCUCGCCAGUUUAUGAUGUAUGCUGUUUACUGGAUGCAUUGUGAUACAGAACCUCUAUUAGAGACUUUAGACAUUUAAUUUUGACUUUUGUUAUAUCGCCAAAAUAAAUCUUCCAAAACGAUGUCAUUAGGAAGACAGUUGCAGCCAGCUUCCUCUGCCUUACACUUUCAAAUUGCAGAAAGAUUUGAAUUAUGCAAUUGUGGUGUUAAGUACGGUUUCUCAGAGAUGUAAUUAGUUCAGACAUUCAUCAUUUUCAAUUCUUGUUAUUUAAGUUUGAGACGGUCACAUGAUACGUCGUAGAAACAUGUUUUGAUAUAUUUGAACACCACGAACAGUUUGCAUGCCCGAAAUAAAUUUCACGAGGAUAUGCCCGACUGAAUUAUUCUAACCGGCAAAUAUUCGAGCGUUUAAAUAUAUUAAAACAUGGAUUUACUGUAUUUUUUAGAAUCAAAUAUCUCUUUUAUUUGAUCAUGUGGUUGAAAUAAGGAAGCACUAUUUUAUUGCGUAUGCAUGGCGCUAGCUAUAGUAGGCUAAUGUGACGUCAACGUAUUCAGUGUAUUAAUACUGUUAAAAAAACACUGGAGGUUAACAAGUCCCGUGGAAUAAUUAAGAAAUAUGUUAGACAUCAAAGGAGUUCUUUGGCAAACCUAAUAAUCCAUUACCAACUUUUAGUAACAUCGAUCUAUCGGAAAAUCGAUAAAUUUGCCUAUAUAAACAAAGAAGGAAAAAAUUACUUAAACUUCAAUAGAAAAAGUUCUAUUUGGAAAUCAAAAAUUCGAUACCCCACAAAUUAAAGUUUAAUUUAUUCCGGAUAUUAUGAAUAUUUUUUUUUUUAAAUAUUUUAAUAUUUGGUUGGUCCUUUUUGACUUUAAAUAGACCCACCUCAGUUCAUAUAGACUCUGUAGGAAACGGGUAAAAAAACUGACUUUUUCAAAUAUAACAGAUAAAAUGAGAUAUUUUCCGCAAAUAAUCAAAAAAUCGAUACCCCUAAAAAUGUAGAAAAAUUAUUCAGUUUUCGUUAUGUGUAAUUUGUUUUAAAUUUAAUAAUGGUUUGUUUGGUCCUUUUUGCAUUUUAGUGUGUACAGUGAACAUUUCUUCAAAAUUCCGGCUUUUUCCGCCGUUAUCCGUAAGUAUUCGGAAGCUGUUACGGAAAAUAUUGUCGUCUGCUAGCCUGACUUUGUCGGUACAAAUUGUUAUAGCUCAAAGCCUAUGAAUUGUAGGCAACUUCACAUUGACAAAAAAAGAACUGAGAUUGUAAUUCGACAAAUUAAAACAAAUUUAUUGUUGAACUCAGAAACGCCGAAACCUAGAUCCAAGUUUCCAAGUUAGUUUAUUCAACAAAUUCUCAGUUUGUAUGUCGUUUAAAAUAACGCUAUGGAGGAUUUAGUGUUCAGUUCGCAUUAAAUAUACAAAUGCUUUUAAUUUUCAUCGCAAAAAAAUACUUAAAAGAACUAAUUUUCGUGUGUUUCCGUAAAAUAUAGUCUGUCAGUAAUUGAGUUUCAAAGCAUCCUUGAGGAAUAUUGCGAUGAUUAAUUUCCAGAUACCUAUAUUAUUUUUUGCCGAACGAUCUGGAGACUUUUUUAUUGCCGCGGCGGUCCGGGUCCGAUACCCGACGCGGUCAUCUUUUUUUCUUCAUAUGGGAUUUUGUAAUAAUUUUGAAGCAAAAAAAAAUCAUUUUCUACUAUUCAUAAUAUGACCAAACUUUAAUUUGAAAGAUAGCCUUGAUGAACUGAUAAUUCUGCUUCUUUCCGAACCUCCUUUGUAUAUAUUUAUAAUUUACUAGCUUUGUAUCGGGAAAUAUGCACGAGUUCUCAGCGGAAGGAGCGCAAUAUGCUUCCGCUGAAGAACGAGUGCAUAUUUCCUGAUGCAAAGAUAAUAACCUUUUUAUUACAUACACAUCUACACGUAUAAAUAUAAUGCAAAUAUCAUACAUUUGUUCAAUAGCCUGAAUAGAAUUGACAAUACUGGACUUAAUAGAAAAAAAAUAGUGCAAGAACAAACACUGAAUUACGUCACGCACCCGAUAUGAAAUUCAGGCGUCAGUGUAUGGAAAAAUAUUGACGUUUCCGGUACCAGUGUAACUUAACAGGGAAUAGAAACGAGUAUGUAAUAAUAUUCUGUAUUCUUAAAUUAAUGCAUAUUUUUUGGUACAUUCUCUAAUCAUUCGUUUAAAAAAUUGCGUUAUCUAUAAUUAUUUGUUUUAGUCCCAAGAUUGCACACAAUCACAUAAAGCAUAAAAUAAUUUAAUUGUAACAAAUACUUUAAAAUUACCCUUUGACUUUUAUUGUGCAUUACAAUAUUGCCUAGGGUUAAACAAUAUCCGGUCAGUGUUUUUUCAAACCGGGUCAUAAAAAAUAAGUGUUACCCCACUUACUACAAGUGAUAGGUAUUUUUAUGGUUUUAUGGUUUUUGCUUUGUAAUAUUAUAUAUAUUUCACUUUCUUCUGUCCUUAUAUAGUCUUUUCCCUUUCAGGAAUUUUUUUUAUGAUUUUUUACCUUAUUUCAUGAAUCGUAUGAAUGUAGGAAAAAUCAGUACAAAUUUAGAAUUCACAUCAUGAAUAGAGUUGUUCCGUAAAUAUUUACUGAGUAAAGAUCCUGGCCCAAAUUUCACGAAAAAACUUCAGUUAUUACUUAGUUAAGUCUGCUUUUCUAAAAUUGAGAUUUUGCUGAAGUUAUUGUUAUUUAAUGUUUUCCUGUAACAAUAUAUUUAUAGUUAAAGUAUACUAUGGUAUUAGUAUUUGUCAGCAGCACUUAUUCAAGUUAUGCAAAUAUGAUAUUUCUAUUUAAGGUAUUGGACCCGUAAUAGAGUAUCUCCUUUUUGAAGAGUAUUCAAUUCCUACCAUAAAACUUCUUUGACUGCAAUUUUCAGGGGGGCGUAGGUUCAAACCCCACUGGGACCAAAUUUUUUUCUCCAUGUUUUCCUUUUUUUCUAGUAAGUUUUUACUUCUUUCAAGACUAAUUAUGGGUGAAUUGUACAAAAGUGGAAAAUUUUCAUUUUAUAAGCAAUUUUUUGCUGUUCAAUGUGAAUUUACCUCUGAAUCAGGAGGGGUAGAGUUAGACAUUUUUAAAAAUACUGAGUUACGUGCGGUAAAAGUUCUCUAUUUUGCCCUUAUUCUUUAGAUUACAUAUUGUGGAAGAAAUGCAAGGAGGUUUUACUAUUGCCCCAAGGUUAUUUUUGAAUGAAUUGAGCAAAAUUCAAAACAGACCCGCCGGAUUCGACUUUAAUUUUUCAAUGUUGGAGUUAGAAUUCUGUCUCAUUAAAUCUGUUUACUUGAGGCACCCUAGACAAAAAUGAUUUUUAAAGUUUUAUUUUGUGUUUUAUAAUUGUUUAACAAUAGUUUGAUGUUUCUUUUAUCAAAAUUAGUGUUGUAAUGAACUCUCUGCAAACGUUUUAGAUAGUGGCCAUCACAUUGAAUUUUGUCUCUUCCUGAGCGUGAGGAAAUACCAUGAACUGUACAAAAUUUACAAAAAACGGCACGGUAAAAGUUGUUUAAAAUCUGCAACACAGUGUGAAACAUGGUCAACUUUAAGAAUAUACCAAGCAAAUGCCAUUUUUAAAACAUUACUAUUAGGGGUCCAAUACCUUAAGCACGAUAUAAGAAACUUAAUCCUUACCAUGCUAAAUUAUAAUAAUGAACUUGUCUAUCUUUCAAUUUGGAGAGUACUAUUAAUUAUGAAACGGGGUGCAUAUACCAAAAAGUUACUGGCUGAAUGACAGACAGUGAAUAUCAUGAUCAGUCUGCACGGAUGUGCAGGCUGAUCAUAAUCUACACUGAUCGCAAAGGAAGAACCAAUCGUGUCCAGCAUGGUAAUGGUUAAGUAUUUUCUUUUAAAAGUAUAAGUCUUAUUUCUAUACUUCUUUUUCUUUAAAGCGACUGGCCUCCAGAUCGUUCGACAACAAAAAUAUACUUUUUAGACAUCUUGAAAAAAAAAAGCUAUAUUUCUUAUGAAGGCUUCAAUACUUAAUUACUGACAUACUUUAUGUUACGGAAAUACAUGAGAAUUUGCUGUUUUUACUACCUUUUACGAUGAAAAUCGAAAAGCGUUAGUGAUUAAGAAUUUUGAAAAUAUUUUAGAAACAAAAGCUCAUAUUCUAAUGUUCAUAAUAUGUGAAAGAAAGCGCGUAUAGAGGAAGCAUAUACGCUUUCUAAAUAUUUUAGAUAACAUAUUCAUAUUUUUGAAUAUUUAUUUUAUUUACAACAGUUUCGUGUGCGUAAAUAUUUCUUUUCUGUACAUAGAUAUAUGUUAGCAUGAUGUUUCAUGUAUUAAAAAGAAAGUAAAUUUAAGUUUAACGGUUUCUAAAUAUUUUAGGUAACAUAUUCAUAUUCUUAAAUAUUACUUUUAUUUGACAGUUAAUAAAGUAUUAUAUAAAUUUUCGACUUGUUCCGAUUUCACUUUAAUAUUAUUAAAACUUGAUUCAAGUAUAUCGUUUAGCAAACCGCCCGCCUGUAAUUGCAUCAGUUAAUGACCAAAGCUGUUAAUUAUCGAUUCCCCCUUCCCGACCCCACCACCCACCCCGUGUUACUACAACAACAACAACAGUUAGUACGGAAAUCAACGAAUCCGUCAGGUAGCGCUGAUAUUGGAUUAUUGGUUUUAUUGAUUUCUAUGAUAGGUAGACCUGUCCCGCUUUAUCGGUUCAGAGAUGUUACUAAAAGUUGGUAAUGCGAUUCAUAUUCUGAUCAUCAUUUGCUCAAAUUUCUUUAAACUCAAAUUAAUUUAACAAAGGUCAAGUCAAGUCAAAAACCUUUUAUUUCACUCAUUUCAUGAAUACAUGAAUAAAUGAGGUGAGAUUUUUAACAAUAAUUAUAUAUUAUUGGAGGCUCAUAAGAAAAUAAUAGUACAGUUCAAUUCUAACAAAAUAUGAUGAGUUUUCACAAAAACGCCUUUCAUAUCUAAAUGUCAUAUGUCAGUAUUACAAUAUAAUAAGUAAAUAAAUAAAUGAUGCUCCCAUUCGGGCAUCGGAGAGUCACAAAAUGUACGGAGAUGAAAAUACAAAAUAUCAUUUAUCUAAUUAGCUGUGACAAUAUAAUUUUAACAAAUUUGCACAGUUCUAAAAACUCAUUUUUUAUUUCCAGUAUUAAUAAGUUGUUCCAAUAAUUUUUUUUUCGUUCACUUGAAAACAGGUUACACUCGAAAUGAUAAUGAAACUCGUCUCCUAACUUACUUUCACAGUUGUUGCAUGUUCUUUGGUUUAAUGGUAAUCUUGUUCAAUUUCCUGUUUCUACAGGUAACCUAUGGUUUCUCAUGCGAAAUUUUAUGAUAGAAUACAAUAGCGACCUUUGGGUAUUGGAUAGAUAUUUUUCUUGACCGUGAAUGAAUUGUCAAUAUUUGGUGUUUUCCAAAUUGUCUCUGUUUCAGAAAACCACACAUUAAAGCGAAAAGAUUAUUAAUCAUAAGCUAGGUAAAUUAUGUGAUAGUUUUAUUGUUCUGUUUUUCGCGUUAAUGAAGUGUUUAACCAUUUACCACCCCGCAUAUUGACAGCUGAAUGCAAAACUUUCGAAACUCCUUCAUUAUCUAAUUAAAAUGACUUUCGACCGUUUACGCUCAAACUUAGAAGAUAUUGAGUACAAUUCUGUCGAAUUAAAAGUAGACUGUGACUGCCACAAUAAUUUCUAUCACUUUGUUUAUUAUACUGCAAUGUUAAAAGUAUUAAUAAAUAAAUAAAGUAAAAAUAAAGUAAAUAAAAAUACCCCUUUUAACAAUCAAUUUUGAUAUAUCUUGUACACUGGAAAUGUUUCCUGGAAUGCUAUUUUUAACAUCUGUACAAAUGCUACUGUAUCUUAAUAUUGUACACAUAAUUAUUAUGAUGUUGUUUCACUGCUGAAUAGUCUCAAAUAAUUAUUAUAGAAUGGCUGUAUACAUGUAUAUUUGUUUAUAAUGUAUAUGAAUGAGACUGGAAUAAAUAAAUAUUAUACUAG